UCAAAACUCAUAAAAACAAAUUAUGUUAUUUCAGGCGUUGCAAACAUUAUCCAAAAGGUUCUAGUUACGAUUAUAUUUUUGAAAAAUUAAAGUUUAUAAUUAGUUAGUUUAUACAUUUUAAAAUAUAAAUCUCCUACCGAUGGUCGUCGGUAGCUCAAGAAACUGUCGGUAGCUGCUACCGACGAUUGUCGGAUGAUAAUUGAAACCGAGGGUAAUUCAUUAAUUAUGUAGUCGUUAUAAUGAAACAUAUUUAACCGUUCCAUGUAACCGUCCAUUUUUGUAUAUAAGUUCGUAGUGAAAUUAGUUUUUAUUAGAAGUGUGACAGCACUUGGUGGUUACUCAUUGAUUAGCAAUAAGAAAACUUUAAUUUUAAAUUAUGUCUACUGUAAUGUGUCUACUGUUAGUUAUAUUUUCUCUUAUUGAAGGAUUUUGGUGUGCUACGAUAAUCCGUAAGUAUAUUUAAAUAAAAAAUCUGUUCAAAAAUGUAUAUUUUGAUAUGCAUAGGUUUAUAUUUUUUUCUGGUAUUUGAAAGAAAAUCUUAUUAUUGAACUAUAUGUAUAGUUCGUGACCUUAAUUGUUACAAUUAAGACAGGUAAAAAUUUAAAAAAAAAUCAAAAACAUUAUUAUUGUUAUUUUAUUUACUAGAUUUUUUAUUUUUAUAGCACCGUCAAAAUUUCCUCCAUCAUGUAUCAGCGAUAUAAAUGGAUGUCUUCAAGACUCAAUUCGGAAAGUUUUACCUAUAUUUACCAAAGGGAUACCUGAGAUGGGAGUGGAAAGACUUGAUCCUCUGAUCGUAGAACGGUUGAACCUAAACUUACCUGGAGGCCUGGAUAUACAAUUUCGACAAGGUUACGGAAAAGGUCUGCGGAAUUGUGUGAUCGAAAAUGCAACGCUCGUGGAAAACAUUUUAGAGACACAAUUUGCUUGCAAUAUUUCUAUUCGAGGAAAAUAUAAGUCCAGUGGUAAACUUCUAAUGUUUCCGAUCGACGGCGAUGGUGAUGCUUCUAUGAAAUGCAAAAACGUAAGAUUUUUCACUAAACUGACACUCAAAACUGAAAUGGGCGAAGACGGCAAGAAGCAUUUACUUAUAACAGACGUGAAGACCAAUCACAAAUUUGAUGGACGAAUCACAUAUAAUUUUACAAACAUCUUCAAGAGGAGCCCUGAAACAAGCAAGUUGGUUAUGGCGUUCAUGAAUGAAAAUUGGCGAAUGGUUGCAGACGAAUUCGGUGAUCCUGUUGUAAAUUUUGGAGUAAAUAGAAUUCUGAAAAAUGUCAAGCAGGCGUUCAAAAUGGUACCCUUAGAUGAACUGCUCAAUUUCCCAUUACAGUUUUAAGUCAAUGUUUUCCACCAGUGUUUCCCUAAUGAGAUUUUUAAGACGAUUUACAUAUAAUGUAAUAAUAAUGAUGUUUUUAAAAUUGAUAUGGCUUAUAUACAAUGGAAUUGUAUAAAUUUUAAUUUGACUUUAAAAUGACGUUA